GGCCAGUUGCCGGCAGCUAAGAUGAAGUGUUUGACGUGUGCAUUAUUGCUUUUAUUUGGAUUGCUGCCAGUUUUGAUCAGCGCUAAUCCCACUGUUGUGGUGAACGGCGUUUGUCUGACCUGUUCCAAUCCAAAUGGCGAAGCGGUUUACAUAAAUGGUGAGGAGUAUCGCAGUUUCCCCUCAUCCGAUGGCAAUGUGAUUGUGAAUCGUCCUGGCUACGAUAAUGGUCGUACUACCGUUUAUCGACGUGGUGGCAAUAUUGUAGUCAAUGGCAGAUGUGAGACCUGCAAUGUGGAUAUUUAACAAGUUGAAGAAAAAAACAUAAUAAAGUGACUAAGCUUCAUAAAGAA